GAAACGACUGUGUCGAAAAGCUCGUCAAUAAGGAAAUGUCCAAAAACCACAGGCGUGAAGGAAUAUAAGUUGGAAAUCAUCCAAAUGGGACAGCACGAAUCAAAGUGUUCAAAUAUUUUUUCAACUAAAAAUGCGGUGUGUAGAUAGUAAAGGGAAAGAGUAAAAGUGUUCGCCAACCUUGAGCGAAUAACUUUUUAGCAAAGAAAGCCUCCUGCAGACCUUCACUUCCUAACCAUUAUAAACAUAUUAUGAGAAAUGUCUCAUCAUCACUUGCAGUUCUCCUUUCUCUCGGUCGGAUUCUGCGAACCUGUUUGAGUCAGAGCGUUAUUGGUUGUUUAAAAAAGGUCAUUUCUAACAUUUCUGCAGCAUCAUUUUACUGCCUCGCUAGUACAUCACUCCAUGCGCAUAUAUAAAGAGAUGGCUCAUUGAAAAAUCAUCCUUCCUUUGGCGCCGACACGGAGAUGAAAUUUGUAAUUGUCGUCGCUCUCUUCUCGGUGGCGAUCGCCGCACCCACCAUGAAUAAGGAGACCGUAGCUAUCGUCUCAUUGGACAACGAAGUCAACAUAGACGGAAGCGACAUCCACGAUGUAGAGUAUGCGGAUGGAACGAAAAUCCAAGAGCAGCAGAAUGAGAAGUACAUCGGUACCAAACCGGAAGACAUUGGCAUCGCUUCCAAGGGAUCUUACUCUUACAAUUUCCCGGAGACCAUCAUCACUGUCAACUGGGUGACUGACGAAAAAACUAAAGUUGUCCACGCUUACAUUCAAAUAAGCUACCCGGUUCUCCAAAAUCUUUGUAGGUCUAUGUCUUGCACGACUCCCGAUGAUGGCCAGUGAAACAAACGCGAUGCAAGUUCGAUUUCGUUUGAUUGCUGUCUAGUCUGUACAUAGCAUUUUUUUUUUCUGGUGGAACUCAAAAUAAAAUUAAUUGCAAGCAGCA